UCACCUCAUGCUUGUUCAACUUUCGACAUUCCUUACCCCUGAACCUACUUCGUUCCUCAGGAUUGAGCUUCACGCCUCCAUGAUCUUUGACUCCAAGAUUUCAGUCAAGGUCAUGGCAAACUCAAUCCAUUACCUGCUACUGACUUUUUGGACUCUCAGCUAAGAUGAAAACAUAUUUCCUCACCCUAACAUCGUCCCAAAACAGACAGCUCGCUCCUCGGCUCUUUCUGUGCCGGCAGCUGUCUGAUACAUUUUAUAUUGAGGCCAUCAGCUUACCAGCACAAUGAAUCCUUCUAGAUUUUACUAAUAUCUUCUGCUCGAAUUUCUGUAGGAAGCACUAGUUUCAAUUACAAAUAAAAAAUUCCAUGGUUCGAUCCUUCAAAGGUUCCCACAUUGUUUGCAGAGAAAGAAUCUAAUAGAUCGCCGAUUCGUCAUUCCGAGACAACAGAAGAUAAAGAUAUCAUGACGAUAGUAGCGGAAAAUCAAGCCAGGCCAAGUCGCAAUUCGGGACCUCGAACAUCUGUCCACAUACAAUGAGAUAUCUGCAUCCUUUACUUUUGAAGAGUUUUCAAUAUGACAUCUAAAACUCAUCAGAUAAGCUUGUAUAAGCUUCUUACGAGUAGAAUGGGAUUUAGAUGCAAUGUCCACACGGUAGUAAAGAAACCUUGCACCUUUGCAGGAAAUUUGGGCGAAGAUACAAUAAUUACGAAGAGUUGAAGUCACCUUGUGUAAGGGGAAAAUAUGCGGGGUGAGUUUGAGAUAGCGCCUCCGGGCGGGCGCCUUCGGCCAAAUUCUCGAGUGGGCCGACGCUCGCCUUCGCCCAUAUUUCAGGACAAGACAACAAUCAGCUGCAGGUCGACAAUUCAACAUCCACAACCUCGACGCUGGGGCUAGACGUCAGCUUCUCUAUUUGUUUUAGUAUCUCGUCUAUAUUUUUCAGCUCAUUUGAUUCGUCGGGACCGGUGGAUCGAUUGUUAAAUUUUCUGUGUCGAAACGACAACUGAGACCAGACAAUCCACCUCCAAGAAGUUGGGAGAAUGGCUGAUAUCUGGCGCCGACGGCUUGCAAUCUGCAUGACAAGAAUCUCGCAUUCCAUAUCUCCUUUCUUAUCUCAGUUUGCUGUAUAUCCAUAAUUUCUUGAACUUGCGCAAAGUGGAGUCAAAAUCGCCAGAAUAGGAUCGUGACUUGGUCUUCCAAACGUGAGCUCACAACUUCGCAGUCUCCGUGAGUUGGUUCCGAGGUUAGAAGUUCUAUAUGAAAGCCAUCAGAACGCCACAAAUUUUUGGCUUGAAGUUGUAUAGAUUGCACGUGAUGGAAAGAUGUCGUACCUAUCUUGUCACAGAACUCGACCGCUCACUAUCACCGAUUGGAUCGUGCAUCAAGCGAGAGGCGAUGGACUGGACCGUUUGCUUCAACUGCAGCAUUCUCUCAACGCAUCGGAUGUAGCUUGGAUUUCUAUCGCAAGUCCAGAUCAGCUGCGCGUUCAAUGGAAGCAACUGCUAGACCUAGAGGCCCAAGGGGAGCUGCUACCACUGUACGGCGUACCGUUUGCAGCCAAAGACAACAUCGAUGUUGAGGGCUUUAUAACGACAGCCGCUUGUCCAGAUUUUGCAUACAAUGCUGUUGAAGAUGCAGGAGUCAUUGCCGUGUUGAGAAAAGCUGGCGCUAUUGUCAUUGGAAAGACCAAUUUGGAUCAGUUUGCUACAGGACUCGUUGGAACUCGCUCUCCGUACGGGAUAGUGCCGAAUACUUUCGACAAGAGCUACAUAUCUGGAGGAUCAAGCUCGGGCUCUGCUUCUGUUGUCGCUCGUGGCAUUGUUCCAUUUGCUCUGGGUACUGAUACGGCUGGUUCAGGUCGUGUUCCGGCGGGGUUGAACAAUGUAGUUGGAUUAAAACCUACCAGAGGACUUCUGAGUGCCAGGGGUGUGGUUCCGGCCUGCAGAAGCCUUGACUGUGUCUCGAUACUUGCUCUGACAACUGAAGAUGCACAACUCGUCUUGCAGAUUGCGAGUGUCUAUGAUGAGAAGGACGCUUUCUCACGACCAGUCCCCGCAACCCAUCCAGCCUACACCAGGAUUAGAAAUCCUCGAAUAGCUGUCUGCGAUAAUCCACCGUGGUUUGGAAAGACUGAGCAGCAAGUGGCCUACGAUACCGCACUUGAGAAAUGCUCAACGCUGGGUUGGGAACUUAUCCCUACAGACUUUACUUCGUUGUUCAGGCUCGCGAGUCUUCUAUAUGAAGGACCCUGGGUCGCAGAGCGUUUCGCAGCCAUCAAGGAUUUCAUCAAAAAGCCCAACAUUCAGAUGGAUCCUGUAGUCAGAUCUAUCAUCCGAAAAGCAGAAGGCUUCUCUUCAGUCGAUGUCUUUGAGGCAGAAUAUCUCCGCCGAGACUUGACGAGAGGGAUUGAGACUGCAUUUAAAGAUUACGAUGCUAUCUUGGUGCCUACUACGCCUACGUUUCCCACCAUAAAGGACCUUGCCAACGAGCCAGUUGAGGAAAAUUCCCGACUGGGGACUUACACAAACUUCGUCAAUUUCAUGGACUGGUCUGCGCUGUCAUUCCCCGCUGGGUUCCGUUCGGACGGACUUCCAUUCGGCUUGACCUUGAUAUCGACACCGUGGGAAGAAGAUAAACUUCUCGAUUUGAGUCGUAGCUUUCUUUCAGAACGAUCUCGUCCUCUGGGCAAUACUAGAUUCAAAUUCUCGACAGCAGCGAAGAAUUCUAAGCAGAAACUCCUUACGCCACUGGCUGUGGUUGGAGCUCAUCUGUCUGGGCUGCCAUUGAACCAUCAAUUGACAAUCAUUGAGGGGAAGUUACUGUCCAAGACAACGAGCUCAAGAUCGUAUCGUCUAUUCGAACUGGCGUCUCCACCUGGUGCAGCCAUACGAAAGCCCGGCCUUGCCAGAGUGUCCUCCGGGAGCAACCAAGGGUCCUCGAUCGAGCUGGAAGUCUGGAACAUACCUACGAUGGAGGUAUCGAAAUUUUCUCGAUCGAUCCCAGCACCGCUUUUCAUCGGCGAGGUUGAGUUGGCAGAUGCCAGUUGGGUUCACGGUUUCGCAUUCAUUAACGACAACCCUGCUGCUGUGAGCCAAGAUAUUUCGCAUUUCGGAGGCUGGAGGAACUUCCUCAACAAUCAAACCCUUAAAAUGGAGCAACAGACUCCUUCGUCCAGCACAUCAACCCUAGCCCAGCGAACAAUUAACAAGGUCCUAGUUGCCAAUCGCGGAGAAAUUGCUGUGCGAAUAGUCGCUACCCUGAAGAAGCUCGGGAUAUAUGCUGUUGCGGUCUACUCCAAAGAAGACAGAAACAGCCAACAUGUACUCGACGCGGAUACUUCCAUUUUACUCAAGGGCGAUACCGUUGCCGAGACAUAUCUUUCUCCAACUCAGAUCACCAGUGCCGCCAGAUCUGUAGAUGCAGAUGCCAUCAUACCUGGCUACGGUUUUCUGUCCGAGCAUGCGGACUUCGCGGAAGCGUGCGAAGAGUCAGGCAUGAUCUGGAUCGGUCCAACACCGCAUCAGAUGCGAACUCUUGGACUCAAGCACCUUGCUAGAGCACUUGCUGAGGAGUCGAAUGUCCCUUUGCUUCCAGGAAGUAAGAUCCUCAAAAGUGUCGAAGAGGCAAUCUCUGAGGGCGAAAGAAUUGGAUACCCACUUAUGAUGAAAAGCACCGCAGGUGGUGGUGGCAUCGGACUCGAAAAAUGCAACUCGGUAGAGGGUGUGAAGUCACUCUUCGCAUCUAUCCAGCAGCAAGGCCAGAAAUACUUCAACGAUGAUGGGAUCUUCCUCGAAUACUUUGUUGAGAAUGCUAGACAUAUCGAAGUGCAGGUCAUAGGCGAUGGAGAAGGAAACGUGCGACAUAUCGGCGCGAGAGAUUGCUCGCUUCAGAGAAGACACCAAAAAGUCAUUGAGGAGUCCCCGCCUCUGAACAUUCCUGGUGAGGUCUAUCAGCAGAUGUGUGAGGCUGCUGUCAAUUUGGCGAAAAACCUGAAAUACCGGAAUGUCGGAACGGUCGAGUUUAUCUAUGAUUCGAAAACAGAAGGUUACUUCUUUUUGGAGGUGAAUACAAGAUUACAAGUCGAGCACCCCGUUACGGAAGCAGUCUCUGGUUAUGAUCUGGUAGAAGAGAUGAUCAAUGUGGCGUCGAAGAGCCCUUCUCGACUGUUUUCGGCAGUACCUGAGGACGCACUUGCGUUGACCGGUCAUGCUCUUGAAGUACGUAUCUACGCCGAGAAUCCCUUGAGUGAUUUCAAGCCAUCGACAGGCCAGAUCUUAGACGUGUUUUUCCCAGCAGAGGCGAGGAUUGAUACCUGGAUCAAGACAGGCACUAGAAUCUCCCCAUCUUUUGACCCGCUCCUGGCUAAAAUCAUCGUUACUGGAACGGAUCGCGCAGACGCUGUAAAGAAGUUGGCGGCCGCGCUUGAAGCUGCUCAUAUCUGGGGAGUGGACACGAAUCUCGAGUAUCUUCGACACAUCGUGAAGAGUGAUAUGUUUGUCGGAGCGAAGUACUCUACCACGACUCUAAAUAAUUUCGAAUUUUAUCCAGCUGCAAUUCAAGUCCUUGAUCCUGGAUCACUGACCACGAUCCAGGACUUUCCUGGUCGAACUGGCUAUUGGAAGAUUGGCGUCCCACCUUCAGGACCGAUGGACAACUACUCAUUCCGGAUUGCGAACAAGAUUCUGGGGAAUGAUACCAAGAACGCAGGGUUGGAAUGUACUUCUACUGGACCAACGCUUCGAUUCUUGUGCAGUACUACUAUUGCUGUUGUUGGACCGCCUGCUGAGCACAAGCUCGAUGGAGCAGUGAUUCCUCUCUCAACAGCGGUCAGUGUGGCUCAGGGUCAGACCCUUUCUCUCGCCGCUCCUAAGUCGGGUUUGAGAACAUAUCUGGCAGUGUACGGGGGCAUUCAAGCACCAAAGGUCUUUGGCAGUCGUGCUACUUUCGCACUUGGGCACUUGGGCGGUCUCAGUGGACGUGAGCUGCGUAAAGACGACAUUCUACCCAUUCGCCAGUUCCAACAGCAGGUGGAAGCUCCUCUUAGCAAACCGCUACUGCUGCCAGUGCAAAGUCAACCAUGGACUCUAAGAGUCAUGGCUGGGCCACACGCGGACCCCGAUUUCUUCGCCAAAGAGGAUUUCCAAUCGUUCUUCACCAAGCCAUGGAAGGUCCACUACAACAGCAACAGGAUUGGUGUGAAACUCGUAGGACCAAAGCCAAACUGGGCUCGAAAGGAUGGAGGAGAAGCUGGAUUGCAUCCUUCUAAUAUCCACGAUAGUCCUUACUCCAUUGGCUCAAUCAGUUUCACUGGCGAUGAGGCUGUAAUUCUCACAUGCGACGGGCCAAGUCUCGGUGGCUUCAUCGUCUUCGCUACUGUCAUCACAUCCGAGAUGUGGAAGAUUGGACAGAUGACGCCGGGCGAUGAAGUGAUGCUCUGCCCCAUCACAUCCUCGCAAGCAAUCACCUUAGGUGAAGAACUUCAACACUCAAUCUCCACCCUUACCAAUCUUCCAGCCUCCAUUCUUCCCUCAACAAUCGUUGACCCAGUCGUAGGUCGCAUUGAGCACUUCGGCCGCAAGAUCAUCUGCCGCCAAGCAGGCGACUCAGCUCUCCUCCUCGAAUUCGGAUCCGAAACUUUCGACCUCCGAACAAGUUUCCACAUCCACUCUCUCAUCAAACAGCUCGCCCUCACACCAUAUCCCGAAAUCCUGGGACUCACCCCAGGCGUCCGCUCCCUUCACGUCUCAUACACGCCCUCCGCCCCUCAGGACAAAAUUAUCACUCUCCUCACAACCCUCGACCUCUCUCUCGGCCCUAGCCUGCCCCAAAGUGUACCAAGUCGCACACUGCACCUUCCCAUUGUAUUCGAACACACAUCCACCCUCGCCGCCGUAACGCGAUACUCGCGCACCAUUAGGUCGACCGCGCCCUACCUCCCCAAUAACAUCGACUUCCUCCAGAACAUCAACGGGCUGUCAUCUCGCUCCGAUAUCCCAGACACGAUCCUCUCCGCUACGUUCCUUGUGCUGGGACUAGGCGACGUGUUUUUCGGAGCGCCGUGCGCGGUCCCGCUGGAUCCGAGACAUAGGCUUUUUGGGACGAAGUAUUCGCCGCCGAGGAGCUUUACACCCGAGGGGACGGUGGGGAUUGGGGGCCAGUAUCUGUGUGUUUAUGGGAUGGAUUCGCCGGGAGGGUAUCAGUUGGUGGGAAGGACGGUGCCGAUUUGGAAUAGGUUUCGGGAUAGAGCGGCAGGGAGGGAGGAGGCGUGGAUGUUUGAGGUUUUUGAUCGAAUUAAGUUCUUUGAGGUUGAGGAGAAGGUGUUGGAUGAUGCGAGGGAGGCGGGGAUAGGUGAUAAUUUGGUAAGGGUUGAGGAGGGGGUGUUGGAUUUGGAGGCUUGUGAGCAGUUGGUAGAGAGUGUAAAAAAUGAUAGAGAGGAGAUGGUGGAGAGAAGGAUGAAAGCUGCGAAGGAGAUGGGGGUAUUAGAGGAGUUGAGUAGGAGUUAUGAACCGGAUCUAUUGCUUGAAAGAGGUAAUGACUUUGAAGAGGAGGUGACUGGUGGUGUGCCGGUGAAAUCUGAGGUUGCGGGCAGGUGUUGGAGGUGUGAGGUGAAGGAGGGGGAUGUUGUGGAGAAAGGGAAAGAGUUGGUAGGUUUGCCCAGCACACUUCCUGACUUCCUUGAAUCGUCUCGGUUGUGGAUGAUCGUGUGCUGACUAUGAUACAGAUAUGCAUCGAAGCCAUGAAAAUGGAAAUCCGAAUCUGCGCGCCUAUUACUGGCAAGAUCGCCAAACUCUUCGUAAAGGUUGGAGAUAUUUUGGAUGUUGGGAGUCGACUUGUCGUUAUGACUUCGGCUUAGGUCUGAGCCUUUUGAUGUGAUGGAGCAAGAACAAAUCAAGAUUUCUGAAUGGUGUAUCUUGCAAUGAAGUUUAGCGGAAAAGACGCUUCUGAACAUUUAGAUGAUCGAUGGCACGGACAAAGUAGCAGAGUGUGGCUUGGAUAGUAAAAAGGAGUUUUACACGGUAUCCGUAUUCCAAUUGGAGGUGUAGUAGAAAGCCAGGAGGCUCUUAAGGGGUUUGUCCAAGGAAGCUAGAAAUUGGAUUCUUACCUGCUGGUCCACCGAUGGGAUUCAGAGCCAAGUAGAGUGUGCUUAACAAACAGACAGAGGUUUACACAAGCGAGAGAAGCAACACAGCUUGCAGUCUCCCUUCUGGGCGACGCAUCUCGAGAGAAAUAACAACCAGAAUCAUCUUCAUCGGCGAACA